CAUUGUCUCGGCAAGUAGCGCUUCUCCAGCGUGGCACUGUCUUUGAAGAAGAGGAGGCGAAAGGGCUGUUUUGAACGGAUGAAAGCCUGAUUUCUUUAACAAAAUACACAUAGUGAGAACUCGUAUGCAACCCGCUUGAGGAUUUACGGAGUCAUAUCAGCGAUAAACCGUGGGAUUUUGUUUUUUUUCCUCGACGGGCCCGGAUACAGAUUGAUAGCGAUAGAGAGACUCUACUCAGGUCCUUCGUCCUGACAUGGACACAGGAAUUGUACCCGAAAAGAAAAGAGUGAGUUCGGAGCGGAGGAAGGAGAAGUCCAGGGAUGCAGCGCGAUGCCGGCGUGGGAAGGAGUCAGAGGUGUUCUACGAGCUGGCCCAGCAGCUGCCCCUGCCCCACAGUGUCAGCUCCAGCCUGGACAAGGCCUCCAUCAUGAGGCUCACCAUCAGCUACUUGCGGAUGAGGAAGCUGCUCAGCACUGAUGACCCAAUGGUAGAGGAGGAAACAGAGCUGGAUAUACAGCUAAACAGCUCCUACCUUAAGGCUCUGGAUGGCUUUCUCAUGGUGCUGUCUGAAGACGGAGAUAUAAUCUAUCUCUCAGAGAAUGUCAACAAGUGCCUCGGGCUGGCGCAGUUUGACCUGACUGGACACAGCGUGUUUGACUUUACACAUCCCUGUGAUCAGGAGGAGCUGAGGGAGAUGCUGGUCCACAGAACAGGCUCCAAAAAGACCAAGGAACCAAGCACAGAGCGCAGCUUCUUCCUCCGAAUGAAAUGCACUCUGACAAGCAGGGGCCGGACUGUCAAUGUCAAGUCAGCAACUUGGAAGGUUCUCCACUGCUCAGGUCAUGUGCGUGUUUAUGAAACCCACACUGAGCAGACUACCAACGGGCACAAGGAGCCACCGGUCCCCUACCUGGUUUUGAUCUGUGACCCCAUCCCACACCCCUCCAACAUUGAGGUCCCUCUGGACACCAAGACCUUUCUCAGCCGCCACACAAUGGACAUGAAGUUCACGUAUUGUGAUGAGAGGAUCACUGAGCUCAUGGGUUAUGAUCCAGAGGAUCUGUUGAAUCGUUCUGUGUAUGAGUACUAUCAUGCUCUGGACUCUGACCAUCUUACAAAGACUCACCAUAACCUGUUUGCAAAGGGCCAGGUCAGCACAGGACAGUACCGGAUGUUGGCCAAGAAAGGAGGCUUUGCGUGGGUGGAAACCCAAGCCACUGUCAUCUACAACAACAAGAACUCCCAGCCACAGUGUGUUGUCUGUGUUAACUUUGUGCUCAGUGGCAUCCAGGAGGAGAAACUGAUCUUGUCUCUGGAGCAAACCGAGGAUGUGAAACCAGUGAAGGAGGAGAAGCAGGAGGAAGAAAAGGCUGUGGUGGAGAGCAGUCUGCCUGACAUGUCUCAAACCGUGCUGACGAAGGAGGAGGAGAAGGGCCCUGAGCUGGACGUGAUCAAACUCUUCACCCAGGCAGUAAAGGCCCAGCCGGUGGCUAGCCUGUACGACCAGCUGAAGGAAGAGCCUGAGGCCCUCACCCUGCUGGCCCCUGCCGCUGGAGACACAAUCAUUUCCCUGGACUUCAGCUGCCCCGAUUCAGAGAUCCAGCUGCUGAAGGAUGUCCCACUCUACAAUGAUGUAAUGCUUCCCUCCUCCAGUGAGAAGCUGCCUCUGCCUCUUUCCCCCCUGCCGCCCACCGAGCCUCUGAGUGUCACCACCGCCACCUCUGAAGAUGUUAAAGCUGAGAACUAUGUUGCAGCUCCGUCCACUACAUCGACCAGCAACAGCUCCUCAGAGGCCGACAGUCCGUUGGAUUUUUGUUUCCCCAUGGACUCCGAUAUGAGCUCAGACUUCAAACUAGACUUGGUGGAGAAGCUGUUUGCCAUUGAUACAGAGCCCAAGACCCCCUUCACCUCACAGGCGAUGGAAGACUUGGAAGAUCUGGAGAUGUUAGCUCCCUAUAUCCCCAUGGACGAUGACUUCCAGCUGCGCAGCCUGACCCCAGAAGAGCCUCUGUCUUGUGGACCAGUGAAUUCCCUCAAGAGUUCUCCAGUCCACCUCACACAGGAUGUCAGCAGCUAUCCCAGCCCCUCAUUCAGUGCACCAGGCAGUCGUACAGCUUCCCCAGUACCACCCGAGCCUGUAAACGCACCUAAUCUUGGCACCAUCAUUGCUAAGAGGACCCCACAGUUGGACAAAGAAGUCUCGCUCAGGACCCUGGCAGCUCAGAACGCACAGCGCAAAAGAAAACUGGGUGACAUAAAGGAGAUUGUUGAACAGGGAAAUUUGCCUGAAGAACAACUGGAGCAGGGCAAAAAGAUGAAGGCCUCCGAGUCAGGAACAACCAGGACCAUACUUCUGCUGCCUUCAGAUUUGGCGAGUCGUCUGCUGGGCAGCACAUCGGAGGGCACUGGCUCCCUCUUCACCCUGCCACAGCUCACCCGCUACGACUGCGAGGUAAACGCCCCCUUGCAGGGCCGUCAGUACUUGCUGCAAGGGGAGGAGCUGCUGCGCGCACUGGACCAUGUCAACUGAGUCAAUGCUUAGCCUGCUCACUGCUGGACUAGACUGGACACUACAAUUUCUCCCUCACAUUGUCACUCCCUCUCCAAGCCCCCCCACCCAUUCACCCACCCCCACCCCACUUCCCCUUAUUAUUUAUGUAUCUGUAUGAAUUUGAUUUUAGUUUGGCUGCUGUUUGUGCACAUCAUGUGAUAUCUGCAGCAUUCCACCGUGACAAACGCCAUAGCAGCAUCUGAGUUUUGGUGCAAGGGAUUCAGGCAUCAUGAGAUGUCCAAUUGUCUUUUUUUUUUUUUUUUUUGUGGUUUUCUCUCUUCCGGGGAGUCUCUCAGCACACAGCGCCUCGACAGAUGACCCUUUUCCAGCAGGUCACCACAGAGCCUGGCGCUACUGCCAGCAGUGUAUUGUAAGCUUCAGUCGCACAAUUUAUAUUUUCUUAAAAAGAAGAAUAUUACCAGCAAUAUAUAUUAAGCCUUUUUAAAGUAGUUUUAAUGGGAUUUGAACAAUUUUAUUUUUCUCCCAUACUUGUAUGUUGUAGUACUCGUACUUAACAAGAUGUCUUUAGUCCAGAAGUAUGAAAAUAUUGUUUAAACCUAAGGUGGUUUGAAUGUUAUCUCCAUUUAAUAGAUAUCAGUCUUUGAGGUAAAUACAUUUAAUUGUGUAGCAGUCCAGUACAUGUCAUUUUAUUACUUUACUGUGUAAGUGUGUGUUACUGUACAUAUACCAGGGAAAUUUUAAUCUACUCAGUAUGGCUUCACAGCUUUGACUCUCAAAAUGAAAUCUGAGAGUAAUCUCUUCACUUCUUCUUUUUUUUUUUUUUUUUUGUUUGCUUCUCAUUAUGGAGGAUUGGCAUUUUUCUCUUAACGAAGUGAUUUCAUGUUUUUGGUUUUUACUGUGCGUGACAUACUCAAAAACAGUCUGUUUAAAUACGUGGGAUCUCAACAAUUCAGUUUUAAUUGUGUGAUCAUCGUCAUCAUAGUAGCAUUCGUGAGUCGUCAAACUUGUUUGCUCAGUUAAUGGUAGUAAAUUUAAUACCAUCGCUCCAUGCCAUAUUGUUGGGUCUCUCAUGCUUCUUGUUGCUGUCUAACAUUAAAUGGCUUUAAUAAAGCA